GUCUCCAUUAUUGUUCCACUACUCAAUGCCAGCACAUAAAGUAUUUGAAUCUUAUGUCUUACUGUAUUCUGCCUUAUUUUUUUAACAAAGCCUAUGUAGGAGGAUAGGAGGGGAAGGAGGAGGAGGAGGCCAUGGAAGCGGCUAAAACAGAGGACAUUGAGUCCCUGAUGGAGGACAUGGACUACAUUCCUGGUCACUUCCACCUGGACCUAAACCUCAACUGUGAUCUUGCUGGACCUUUGAAACUGAGACACCGAGACAUUUACUUGAAACAGGAGAGUCUCAGGGGGGAGCUGGAGGCUGAAGCUGGAUAUUUACAGUAUGCUGUUCGCAAUCUUCUCGGUCUGCUGGCUUUUCACCUCAACCACCUUCAAACUGCAGAGGAAAUAUUCAGGGGCAUUUGUAAAGAAGACCCAGGGAACCUCAACGCUUGGGCCAACCUUGGCUACGUGUACGACAAGCUGGGAAGAGAGCUGGAUGCCGGGGAAUGUGUGGAGAACGUGUCCCAACUGAUGGGUUUAGACGCUGGCGAGACCACCAAGGAAGACAGCAGGCAAAUGGCAGCCCGCUGCCUGGCAGAGCAGGCCUAUGUUUACCCCUAUGACGUGGAGCUGGAGAAAGAAGACGACUUGAGGGAGAGGCUGACUGCGGCGCUGAUGCUGUUUAACAGAGCCCUGGACAACGGCGGUCAACUGAUAUCAGUGGAAGAAAAGCGAAGCUGGUACUUUAAGAUGGCAACCAUUUAUGUCAGACUGGACGACAUCGUAAGGACCAAAGAGGAUGCUGAAUACUCCAGACUCUCUCAAUAUAAUAAAGGGCUAAGGCUUCUCAGAGAAACACUUGAAUCUGAGAAAACACAACAAAAAGCUCUCUCCUGGUGUUAUGUUGGCAUCAUGCUGGAGAGACAGGAUGAGUUCUCCACAGUGCCCAUGUCGAUACACGACUGUGGCUACUCUGCCACUGAUCCUUUGUCCUGCUAUGGAAAUGCCAUAAAGUUGGCUAAUGAUGACGCAUUCAUCCUAAACCUCCUGGCCAAGCUGUUCUUUCUGCUGGGUAAACAUGAGAUGGCCACGGGGAUCUGCAACAUGGCUCUCAAUGUGCUGCCCGAUCCGGAGAUCAAUUGGCAGGCUUACUGCACCCUCGCCAAGAUCAACACAACGCUUUACGUCAAGGACCUAGAAAAGGCCAAAUGUGGAGAAGGCGGAGUCCCGGAUAGACAAAUGUUAAGCGAGGCCCAGAAAAACCUGGAAAAAGUCUUGGCUGUGUGUCCUUGCUUGAGGACUCACCUGGAGAUGGCACAGGUGUACUACUACAUGGGGGUGGACGCACUCCAGGAAAGCUUUUUGGUGGACGAGGGCGCAAUAAACAACGCCUUAGUGAGCCUGUCCCAGGCCCAACUGUAUGAACUGGGAGACAGCUUGCCUGACCUCCACUUGCUCAAAGGACGCUGCCUCCUGUUGAAGUGCGAGGAACAAAACGCCACAGACUGCUUCAAAUGCGCCCUGGACUUAGAGAGACCGACAAGUACCGAUACCACGGCCCUGCGCUGCCUCCUACAGGCCUUACUGGCCGUGUUCAUGCAGGGGGUUCAUGACCCCAACCACGUUAUAACCCAGAUGGAACAGUGUUUGCAGAGGGCUGAGGAGAAGUACCCCGAAGAUGUGGUGAAGGCUGAGCUGAGGUGUCUUUACAGGACGAACACUGCGGAGGUCACAGAGCUGUCUCGAGCUCUCAUCAAGACGGGACGACUGGAACUGGUCAGAAGGCUCCUGCGGGCUGUGGCACCGAAACAAAUAGCUAAGAAGAGAACCCUUACAAAAUCUUUAUCCUUUGCGUGAUGCAAAAAAUGCCAUCCGACUCGUGACAAAGGAACUGCACGACUGCAUUUGACAUCGAGCAAGGCUGUACUGUAAUCAAGUUCUGCUUCAACUAGAUUUCUACACUGUGAAAUUACUCUGACAAAUAGUAUGCUAUUUCCGUCACACAUUGCAUCUAGUUUUAAGUCAAUGUAUUCAACAAUUUGUGCAUGUUGUCAACCCACUAGGCGGCACGGUGGCCGACUGGUUAGAGCGUCAGCCUCACAGUUCUGAGGUGCGGGGUUCAAUCCCCGUCCCCGCCUGUGUGGAGUUUGCAUGUUCUCCCCGUGCCUGUGUGGGUUUUCUCCGGGUACUCCGGUUUCCUCCAACAUCCCAAAAACAUGCAUGAAUUGGAGACUCUAAAUUGCCCGUAGGCAUGACUGUGAGUGCGAAUGGUUGUUUGUUCCUAUGUGCCCUGCGAUUGGCUGGCAACCAGUUCAGGGUGUACCCCGCCUCCUGCCCGAUGACAGCUGGGAUAGGCUCCGGCACGCCCGCGACCCUAGUGAGGAGAAGCGGCUCAGAAAAUGGAUGGAUGGAUGGAUGUCAACCCACUACUGUAAAAUUAGGUGUUUGUUGCCAAGUACGUGGAAUGUUGGCCAAAGAAAUUCUAUUUCCCUCGUAAUGGAUUUCAGGCAUCCGGGUCAGGUUGAAUCCAGCAAAGCUGAGAGAAAAGCAAAAACACUUUAUGAGGAACUUUCUGCUCACAUAAAAAAAAAAAAAACAUUUAUUAUUAUAUUCUGCUAAGUUAGUCUACAUAUCUGUAACUACUUCAAUUAAUGUUAUGAUUACAUUGCUUGAACAGGCUCAGAAAAUGGAUGGAUGGAGGGAUGCUUGGACAGGAGUUGGCAGAUCAUCUAUGUUGGUCAUUGUCCUUCACCAUCAGGCAGGCACAACGGGAGGGAUUUUACGGAUCCUCUUUUGUGUUUGUUUUUUGCCAAAACCCAAGGAAUACUUUCCAAAACGAUUAAAUUGCGAUUUUAUAAAUAAAAUAAAAUUUACUCUAUCCCUCAUCACUGUCAGUGAAGCUGUGUUUACCAUGACUUUGGUUGUUUGUGUCCAACUUCCUGUCCACUGUUUUUAAUGUCAGCCCUUUUUUAAGAAAAAAAAAAAAAAGCUCAACUUACAUGAGAAAAAUGUUGAAAUAAUCAUGGAAAAAAUAUGCUAUGUACUGUACACCCUGUACCUUGAAAUUCAGUAUUUUAAGCCCAGAAAAUUAUUUGUGUAACUUUUGGAAUUUUUUAUUUCUAUUUUUACUGUGCAUUAGUUACUUUUUACAUUUCCAUCAUUUGUUUUCAUUACACUUAUACUAAUGAUCAAUAUCAAUAUGAUAUACUUUGCAUGUGUCCUUUUCAACUUAAAUUUAAGGGAACAAUUACAUUUCUGUCAACCAAUGUCAGUUCAGGUUGGAAUUUGGUAUUACAUUGUGUUCCAGAAGAAACUAUGAUAUUGAGAUCAUGGAUUUGAGCCGUUACCGCAAUGAUUUUAGAGAAAACAAGUAUUCAUAAUUCAUCCAUCCAUUUUCCAUCCCGUUUCUCCUCACUGGGGUCGCGGGCGUGCUGGAGCCGAUCCCAGCUGACUUCAGGUGCAAGGCGUGGUACACCCUCAACUGGUCGCCAGACAAUCGCAGGGCACAAAAACAACCAACCGUUUGCACUCACAUUCACACCUAUGGGCUAUUUUAGGCCUUCAAUUAACCUACCAUCCCUGUUUUUGGGGAUGUGGGAGGAAACCGGAGCGUAUUCAUAAGUAAUAUUACAAAUUGCUCAGUGUUUGUAGUGCAUACAAUAUAAACUCUUCCCUGCAUUGCACAUAUUACAAGUUGAUUAAAGUACGUGCAAUGGAUAAUGUUCAUAUGUUUACUAUACAAGAAAAUACAUUCUGUUUAUCCUGUAUCGAGGAGACAGUGUUAUCUCUAAAAUGUGUCUGGAAAAUAAAUAAAAUCAGUGAGUUUCCCCAUGA